UCAGAAAGGGCAAUGCUUCUUCCAAAUUGCUUGUUUCGAAUGGGGGGUGCUGCGAUUCUUUUAUCGAACAAGAGUCGCGAUAAACGCCGUGCUAAGUAUCGAUUAGUUCAUGUGGUUAGAACCCACAAGGGUUCUGAUGAUAAGGCCUAUAAAUGUGUUUAUGAACAAGAAGAUUCAGAGGGAAAAGUUGGGAUUAAUUUGUCAAAAGACCUUAUGGUUAUAGCUGGUGAAGCUUUGAAAUCCAAUAUAACCACAAUAGGCCCUUUAGUCCUUCCUGCAUCAGAACAAAUCCUUUUUCUCUUCACUUUAAUUGGUCGAAAAAUCUUUAACCCUAAAUGGAGACCCUACAUUCCUGACUUCAAACAAGCCUUUGAGCACUUCUGCAUCCAUGCCGGAGGCCGAGCGGUGAUCGAUGAACUUCAGAAGAACCUCCAACUGUCUUCUGAACACGUUGAGGCCUCUAGAAUGACACUGCAUAGAUUUGGGAACACGUCUUCGUCUUCAUUAUGGUACGAAUUAAGUUACAUUGAGGCCAAAGGCAGGAUGAAGAAAGGGGAUAGAGUUUGGCAAAUAGCUUUUGGAAGUGGAUUCAAAUGUAACAGUGCCGUAUGGAAAUGUAACAGGACAAUUAAAACAACAACUGAUGGACCUUGGCAAGACUGCAUUGAUAAGUAUCCAGUGCACAUCCCAGAAAUUGUGAAGCUCUAGGGGAAUUUAUUUGUCUUCUUCUACAAAUUUUAGCCAUAGAUUUCUGAAAAAAAAA